AUGGCUAACGAUCCUGAAUCUCAAUCUCCUGAGGUCUACACCAAGCCUCGGAUCCCAACUAACUCUGCUAUCCAAAACCAUUUGGUGGCCUUCUUGGGUGAAUUUGUUGGUACCUUUUUGUUCUUAUGGACUGCUUACAUGAUUGCUCAAGUUGCCAACCAUGACCCUGCUAUUCCAAAGACUGGUGAGGGUUCCACCCCAGCCAGAAUAAUUAUGAUCGCCUUUGGUUUCGGUUUCGGUGUUAUGUUUUCUGUUUUCAUUUUUUUCAGAGUCUCUGGUGGUAACUUGAACCCUGCCGUCACUCUUACCUUGGUUUUGGCCCAAGCUAUUCCUCCAAUUAGAGGUGUUGUUAUGUUUAUCGCUCAACUUCUCGGUGGUUUGGCUGCUGGUGGUAUGGCUGCUGCUUUGACACCAGGUAAGGUUUUGUUUGCCAACGCUUUAGGUGGUGGUUGUUCUAUUGCUAGAGGUGUUUUCAUUGAAAUGUUCGCUACUUCUAUCUUGUGUACCACUGUCUUAUUCCUUGCUGUUGAAAAGCAAAGAGCUACCUUUAUGGCACCAUUCGUCAUUGGUGUCGCUUUGUUUGUUGGUCACUUGAUCAGUAUUUACUACACUGGUGCCGGUUUGAACCCUGCUAGAUCAUUGGGUGCUGCUGUCGCUGCUGCUUACUUCCCAGGUUACCACUGGAUCUACUGGGUUGGUCCAUUCUUGGGCUCUUUUAUCUCUGCCACUUGUUGGUAUGUUUUCAAGAUGUUGAACUACGAGGAUACCAACCCUGGUCAAGACGCUGACCAGUAA